UUCACUUUUGGCAAAAACAACCUAUUGACUUCAGUUUCAUGAAUCAGUGUUUCUGGUGCUAUGAAAAUGUCCUAUUUGGAAUGGGAAAUCCUCUGCUUGAUAUCUGUGCAGUUGUGGACAAGGACUUCCUUGACAAGUAUGGGCUGAAGCCAAAUGACCAAAUUUUGGCAGAGGAGAAGCACAAAGAACUAUUCGAAGAACUUGUGAAAAAGUUCAAAGUAGAAUAUCAUGCUGGUGGUUCCACUCAAAAUUCCGUUAAAGUGGCCCAGUGGAUGAUUCAGAGACCUCACAAAGCUGCAACUUUCUUUGGGUGCAUUGGCAAAGAUAAAUUUGGAGAGAUCUUGAAGAAGAAGGCUGAGGAAGCUCAUGUGGAUGCCCAUUACUAUGAGCAGAGUGAAGAGCCAACAGGAACCUGUGCUGCCUGCAUCACUAGUGAUAACAGGUCUCUUGUAGCUAACCUUGCUGCUGCUAAUUGCUACAAGAAGGAAAAGCAUCUUGAUUUGGAGAAGAACUGGAAGUUGGUGGAAAAGGCCAAAGUUUAUUAUAUAGCAGGAUUCUUCCUGACAGUGUCACCAGAAGCAGUAUUAAAAGUGGCUGCUCAGGCUUCUGCCAACAACAAGAUCUUCAGCUUGAAUCUUUCUGCACCAUUUAUAAGCCAGUUCUACAAAGAGCCGAUGAUGAAAGUCAUGCCUUACGUGGAUGUUCUUUUUGGAAAUGAAACGGAAGCUGCCGCUUUUGCUAGAGAGCAAGGCUUUGAGACUGAAGACAUUAAAGAGAUAGCCCGGAAGACACAAGCCCUGCCAAAGGUGAACACUAAAAGGCAGCGAAUUGUAGUCUUCACCCAAGGCAAAGAUGACACUGUAUUGGCUACAGAAAAUGAAGUGACUACUUUCCCUGUGUUAGUGAGUGAUCAGAGUGAAAUUGUGGAUACCAAUGGAGCUGGAGAUGCAUUUGUUGGAGGCUUUCUGUCCCAGCUCGUCUAUGACCGGCCGGUGACUGAGUGCAUCCGGGCUGGACAUUACGCGGCCAGCGUGAUUAUCAAGCGCUCAGGUUGCACCUUCCCCGAGAAGCCUGACUUCCACUGAUAGUGGUCAAUUGGAGGGAUCAAGAGUAACUUCUGUGUUGCCAUGGGAUUGCUGCCUAAAUUUUUCCUUCUUCCCUUUCCUUACCUUUCCAGUACCUGCAUCAACGCUUCUGUACUUCUGUUCAUUGUAUUCUAAACAAAAUAUAUAUUUCUAUGGGUUUUCCAUUUCAUACAUCUACCACGUCUCAGUAGUCUUAACUUUUGGGAACAGUGCUAAGUGAAGCUUAUUAUCUCAUCCAUCAGGAAAAAGUGUUCUAUUUACACAGUUUCCAAGGAAGUCCCUUUAAAUGACACUGCUGAUUAACACCAUUAAAGUACUUCUGUUGAAUUAUCUAGUUUGUAUCCAGCUGUGGCCAAAUGCUAUUCAACUUACAUGAACAGGGAGUUUACCUGUGUAAAGAGUGGUGUAAAUGUCCCAGGAAUUUCCAUGCAUAUUGGAGUGUACAAGAUCUGGCUAUCAGAUAGUCCAGCUUCCAUGAAAGUACAUCACUGUUUUGUCAGUAAUUUCAAGACCUGAUCCACAGCUGUGAUAUCUUGCAUUCAGCCAUCUUGCACUGAUGGCAGUAGCUUUGGGUCUGGCCACUUUUAUCUGUCAGUACAUCUCUAGGUCUAUAGGUACAGUCACUUUUAUCUGUCAGGUGAGCUAGCAGAUAGGUACUUUCAGUGAUUUCAGGGCAGAUGCAUGAGUUGGUGAUGAAAAUAAACAUACAGAUAGGUCCUAUCUCCUCCAUGUGUGUUUUCUAGAGGCUGCAUUAAGGUACACAUAAUGAAAAUGAGGUACAGAAAUAUUUAUGCAGGAUAUAUUGACAGGAUAUGCCAAAUGGAAUCUCUGAAACGCACAUUUUUAAACUUUUAAUUUACUUUGGAUAAUUAAGCAAUAUGGUGGAUUUUGUUUGUAUUUACAGUAUUCAAAAAGAUGAUCUGACACUGCAUUCAUUACUUUGCUAUGUAAUUUGAUACUGAUAAAUAAAAAAUUGUCAUA